AUGGAUCUCGCAGCGAUCUACCUCUUUCUCCAUGCCCUAUGGACUGUCCCGGCGAUUCUGUUCCCCAGCGCUGCCCGUGCAUCGCCAAAUGCCUCGCAGUUCCAGGUCCAAGCGCUGCCCGAUAGUGCGUCGCUGCCCCCAAGCUGGGCUGGACGGCUACCUGUCCCCGAGACAGAGGUCGGAAACUCCAUGUUCUUCUGGCUCUUCCAGACCGAAGACCCUGUCUACGAUGAAAACCUGAUCAGUUCGGUCUCUCCCCUUGCCAUGCCCUCACAUGCAAGCACAGAACUAACAGCCACAGUCUGGUUCAACGGCGGUCCGGGCUGCUCAUCUCUCAUCGGCCUGACUACCGGCAACGGUCCCGUGUCCUUCUCAGGCAACUCGACUCGCCUCGUCCAGAACCCUCAUUCCUGGACCAAGCUGGGCCAUGUCCUCUACGUCGACCAGCCCGUGGGAACCGGAUACUCCACCGCCAGCAUCCCCUACCCCGUGAACCACAACGACCGCGUCGCCUCCGACUUCUCCAAGUGGCUGCGCUCCUUCUUCCUCGUCUUCCCUCACCUGCAGACGAAGCGCGUCCACCUCAUCGGGGAGUCCUACGCAGGCAUCUACAUCCCCUACAUCGCCGCAGCCCUCGUCGACAGCAACACCAAGAACCCGUCCCUCCACAUCAACCUCCAGUCCAUCGCCCUCGGAGACGGCACCAUCGGCAACCCCGCUGCCAUGUCCACCGUCACCAUCGGCGCGUACCUCGAGUCGCAGCGCGCGCGCCUCGACCUCCCUGACGACAUCCUAUCCGUCUUCGCAGACGCGGACGACUCCUGCGGCUUCACCCACGUCCUCGACCAGGCAAACCACUACCCCCCGCAGCAGGACCCCAUCCGCAUCCCCGGAAACCCCGAAUAUCUAAACUACAAGCGCCGCAGCCUCGAACGCCGCGGCCUGGGCGCCACCCUCAACGGCACCUGCGCCAUCGACUCCCCCACCCCGGACGCCGUCGAAGCCUCCAUCCUCGACUCCUCCUGCUACGGGCCCUGUGCGACCUUUUCCACCGCCACAGACUAUAUGCGCGCCGCCGCCGCCGCCAGCCCGCGCCGCAAGUGCUUCGAUGUGUACGACAUCCAUAACGACUGCGACGCCGUCGACCCGCUCCCCCUGCUGGCGACCUACUUCAGCCGCCCCGACGUGCAACGCGCGCUGAACCUGCCUCCGCCACUCUCCGCACGCACAUCACCUUCUCCCAACAGCGAAGACGACGACGACGAGGACGGCACCUAUACCCCCUGCAACAACACCAUCCUGGCCGCCCUCCUGCUCGCCACGCCCCCGGAACCACCCGCCUACUCAAUCCUCCCAACACUACUCACCACGCACGGCCUCGCCGUGCACAUCUACUCCGGCGAGUUCGACAUGCUCCUCAACCAUAUCGGCACCGAGCUGGUCCUGCAGAACAUGACCUGGAACGGGGCGCGCGGGUUCGCCCAGCCGCCGCGGCGGGUGUUUUUUGUGCAGGACGCCGCGCCGGACGCGGUCACGCUCGCCGCGCAUCCCUGUGGCAGCGUCGACGGCGGCAACGGCCCCGUCGAGGCGAUCGCGGCGUGUGCGCUCGACCCGGCCGUCGCGGGCGUCUGGGCGUCCGAGCGUGGCCUGACGUACCAUCUGUUCCGCGGCGCUGGGCACACCGUGUUUGUUAAUAAGCCACGUGAGAUGUUCUCGUAUGUGCGGGAUGUGGUACUUGCGCGGUAG